GAACAGUGCCGAUUGGUCAAAUGGUUCGGGCUGCGCUGCGCACCGGAAAAAAACGGAGAAUAGGAUGUUGAAUUUAAGCAAUUUUAUUAUAUGGGCCUUUGCUAUCCUUUGCGCAGCAAUACCCCAUAUAAAUAUUUUAAAACCGUCAGGCGUUAUCUUAUAAAGACUGGACUGAAGAAAAAUGCACCGUGACGCUUCUGGACUGUGAACUGAGUAAAAAGUGAGUGUUCAACCACGAUAGACAACUCCUUCGAUAGCUCAGUUGGUAGAGCGGAGGACUGUAGGAGAGAUGGUUGCUGAUAUCCUUAGGUCGCUGGUUCAAAUCCGGCUCGAAGGACAUUUUUUUCUCUUUUUGUAAUUGUAAUCCCCACUGAAUGAAAAUACGAGUAUGAUCACACUUUUCAAAUUGUAGGCUCGAGUGCACGGGUUAUUUUUGUUUGCAUUCUGUAUUGUCAGUGAAUCCAUACAAUAUUAGUAAGUUCCACAACACACGCAAGCAAGAGAACAUGUUGUCUCGGCUUAUUUGUCAUUUGCAUGGCCUUCUGGUCCCGCCUACGAGGAGUGUCUGUCUGCUUCUAAAGUAUUUCACCAGGGCAGGGAGAGAGGGAGGGAGAGAGAGAGAGAGAAGGGGAUGCUCGUUUCGGCUCGACUCUGUCAGCAUCAUCAUCGAUGGCCAAGCUACGGGGGGAACUGACAGAGUUGAUACAAGUACAGGGGUGUGCAACUGAGUGACCACAUCUACAUUUCUCCAUUAGGUGACAACAAAAAGGCAACCAUGCCCCCACCUGCGGACAUUGUGAAGGUGGCUAUUGAAUGGCCGGGUGCCAAUGCUCAGCUUAUAGAGAUGGACCAGAAAAGACCUUUGACCUCAAUCAUCCGUGAAGUUUGCGAUGGCUGGUCUUUGUCCGGCUCGGAACAGUUUGCUCUGCGGUAUGCCGAUGGCGCUCAGCUUUACAUCACGGAACAGAGCCGCUGUGAAAUAAAGAAUGGGACCAUCCUUCGAUUGGCCAUUUCUCCCGGCCGUGCGGCUCGUCAGCUCCUGGAGCGAACCCAAUCCCACGGGAUCGACGCUCGCCUGGAAGCUUUGAAGGAACUGGCCAAGCUGUCGGCGGACCCCACCUUCGCCGCUGAGUUUGUCAACAUGGAAGGAAUGGGGACCCUGGCUCGCCUGGUUGAAAGCGGCACCCACUUCGGUGAAAUGCUGGCCUUCACUCUUACGGCGUUCCUGGAGUUAAUGGAUCACGGCAUCGUGUCCUGGGAUCUUAUCUCGCUCUCCUUCAUUAAGCAGAUUGCGAGCUACGUGAACCAGCCCAUGGUGGACGUGUCUAUCCUGCAGCGCUCGCUGGCCAUCCUGGAGAGCAUGGUGCUCAACAGCCACAGCCUCUACCACCGAGUGGCUCAGGAGAUCACCGUGGGACAGCUCAUCGGGCACCUGCAAGUGUCAAACCAAGAGAUUCAGACCUACGCCAUUGCCCUCAUCAAUGCGCUGUUCCUGAAAGCGCCUGAGGAUCGACGGCAGGAGGUGUACGCUAACCCGCUGGAGCAGCACCUCACUGAAAUGGCAAGCACUUUGGCCCAGAAGCACCUUCGAUCCAUCAUUCUUAAUCACGUCAUAAGAGGAAAUCGACCCAUCAAAGCAGAAAUGGCACAUCAACUGUAUGUGCUGCAGGUGUUGACCUUUAAUCUUUUGGAGGAACGAAUGAUGACCAAAAUGGAUCCCAAUGACCAGACUCAAAGAGAUGUGAUUUUUGAGCUUCGGAGGAUCGCCUUUGAUGGAGAAAAUGAACCCACCGGUACAGAAAAAAGAAAGGCCUUGUAUGCUAAGGAUUACAAAAUGCUAGGCUUCACAACUCCCCCAGGGAUGUUGGCUUUGGACAACAUGCUGUACCUGGCCAAGGUCCACCAGGACACGUACAUCCGGAUUGUUUUGGAAAACAGCAGUCGGGAAGACAAGCACGAAUGCCCCUUUGGCCGGUGUGCCAUCGACCUCACGCGGAUUCUCUGCGAGAUACUCCAAGUUGGAGAGUUGCCUAACGAGGGCUGCAACGACUACCAUCCUAUGUUCUUUACUCAUGACCGCGCAUGGGAGGAGUUCUUCUGCAUCUGCAUUCAGCUGCUCAAUAAAACCUGGAAGGAAAUGAGAGCCACGCCAGAGGACUUUAACAAGGUGAUGCAGGUGGUCCGAGAGCAGAUCACCAGGGCCCUGGCCAUGAAGCCCUCAUCUUUAGACCAGCUGAAGAACAAGCUGAGAGGUCUCAACUACUCCGAAAUACUGCGAUUACGCCAGUCGGAGAGAAUGAGCCAGGACGACUUUCACUCUCCGCCCAUCAUCGAGCUUCGAGAAAGAAUCCAACCCGAGAUCCUGGAGCUCAUUAAGCAGCAACGACUCCAUCGGCUGUGCGAGGGCAGCUGUUUCCGAAAAGUGGGGAACCGCCGAAGGCAAGAGAAAUUCUGGUUCUGCAGACUCUCUCUUAACCACAAAGUGCUGCAUUAUGGGGACUUGGAUGAAUCGCCCCAGGGUGAAGUGCCUUUUGAGAUGCUUAGCGACAAGAUACUUGUUUCUGACAUGAAGUCUGUGGUGACUGGGAAGGACUGCCCGCAUAUGAAGGAAAAAAGUGCUCUAAAGCAAAACAAGGAGGUGCUAGAGUUGGCCUUCUCUGUCCUUUAUGAUCCAGAUGAGGCGCUCAACUUUGUGGCGCCCAACAAAUAUGAGUACUGCAUUUGGACAGACGGCCUGUACGCACUGCUGGGCAGGGAGAUGAGCAGCGACCUGACCAGAAGUGACCUGGACACACUCAUCAGCAUGGAAAUGAAACUCCGUCUCCUCGACCUUGAGAAUAUCACCAUUCCAGAGGCUCCGCCCCCUAUUCCCAAAGAGCCCAGCUCUUAUAAUUUCACUUACAACUACAGCUGAGUCUUGACUUUAAAGGAAGUUUGCGACGGUCGGUCAAGAAUGCGCUGCCCAUACUUUCUCUUUGAUUAAAUCCGGCGGUCAUGUGUCCCUCAGAAAAGGCUCGAGUGGAACCUCCAAAGGCAAAAGAGAAUCCAUUCCAGUAAUCCUCUGCUGCCCUCUUGUGGCAUUUUGGUGCCACAGAACUAUGUUCAAGUGAAAUGAGGAAGGCGUUCGAAAAAUGUAGUGCUUUAUAAGCAAUUGUAAAACCCUUUGCGAAUUGUUGGACAACACUAGACAGCUACUUACCCGUGGAACACAUCUGACAGGCAUGAUGGAGAUGGAGUAAGGUGUUUGCCGAGUGAUACCGCCGUCUCGUCUCGCCGAUUGCUAUUGAUAAAUAUCGCUGGACUACGCCUGUUCUAAAUGCUCCUCAAAAAGCAAAACACUGAAAGAUCACUGUUAAACCGCCCACCGAAAUUCACCUAAAGCUUUUGAAGUGUUAAGCUAAACUCUUUUCCUUUUUGAACUGCAUGAUUCCACUCUUGCCUAAUCUUUGUAAAUGUGGCGAUUUGAGUAUUAUUGACCGAACCCAUCCAUUAUUAGUGAUUUUAUCGAUAGCCGAAACAACAAUAAACUUGGAGAACAAAACUUCAGUGGUACCUUGAGAUACGAAUGCUCCUGUCUACGAAAAAUCCGAAGCUUUUUUCGCUUCAUAAUAUGAGAAAUUCUUCAUCGUACGAAAUAUAAUACGUACUGUAAUAGAUCAUUGCAAUAAGGUUACUACGUUCUGACUAUAAAUGUAAACAAACCAAACCACAAUGCUCAUGUAUAUGAAACAAAAAAAGAAACUUACAAACAGUGAGAUGAAGUGGCUAGCACGCAAUGGCAGCCCAAGUUAGCUGGGCUUUUAGCACUACGUGUUUGCUAUGAGCUCGAGUAGUCAUUUGAUAACAUCUGUAGAAUGAGCCUUACAAACUAGUUCAUCUAAGCGCCACAAGGGAGCGCCAAAGCAUUCCAAAUAAAGACAGGCAAUCAGAAAACAUGACAACAAAUUUUAUGUGGCGUUUUAGGAAAGCUUUGAACGAAUUAGGCGAUUUACAUGUAGAAGAAAAAAUUCAUGAGAAGAAAAGCCCCUCCUGAACGAAUUUGUGUCGCAUUUUGAGGCAGCACUAUAGGAAUAUUCUUCCAUACAUCGUAUUUACACAGCUGGCCAAAAGUGUUGGCACCCCUGCAAUUCUGUCAGAUCAUGCUCAAUUUCUCCCAGAAAAUGAUUGCGAUUACAAAUGCUUUGGUAGUAAUAUCUUCAUUGAUUUUGCUUGCAAUGAAAAAACACAGUAGAGAAUGAAAAAAAAAAAAUUAAAUCCUGAUGAUUUUACACAAAACUCCAAAAAUGGGCCGGACAAAAGUACUGGCACCCUCAGCCUAAUACGUGGUCGUACAACCUUUGGACAAAAUAACUGCGAACAACCGCUUCAGGUAUCCAUCAGUGAGUUUCUGCUGGAAUUUUAGAGCAUUCUUCUUUGGCCAACUGCUCCAGGUCCCUGAGAUCUGAAGGGUGCCAUUUUCAGAUCUCUCCACAGGUGUUCUAUGAGAUUCACGUCUGGACUCAUUGCUGGCCAGUCUCCAGUGGUUUCUCUCAAAGCAUUUUCUGUGCUUUUUGAAGUGCGUUUUGGGUCAUUGUCCUGCUGAAGACUUCUGAGGGAGACCCAGAUUUCUCACACUGGUCCCUACAUUAUGCUGCAAAAUGUGUUGGUCAUCUUCAGACUUCAUAACGCCAUGCACACGGUCAGGCAGUCCAGUGCCAGAAGUAGCAAAGCGACCACAAAACAUCAGGGAACCUCCGCCAUGUUUGACUGUGGGGACCGUGUUCUUUUCUUUGAAGGCCUUGUUUCUUUUCCCGUAAACUCUGUGUUGAUGCCUUUUCCCUAAAAGCUCUACUUUUGUCUCAUCUGACCAGAAACAUUCUUUCAAAACAUUUUUGGCUUUCUCAGGUAAGUUUUGGCAAACUUCAGCCUGGCUUUUAUGUCUCUGGGUCAGAAGUGGGGUCUUCAUGGGUAUAGAGUCCCUUUUCAUUCAGACACCGACGGAUAGUACAGGUUGACACUGUUGUACCGUCGGAUUGCGGGACAGCUUGAACUUACAAGAUUCUUUAUCCACCAGCCGCACAAUCUUUGGUUGAAAUCUCUCGUCAAAUUUUCUUUUCCGUCUACAUCUAGGGAGGUUAGCCACAGUGCAGUGGGAUUUACACUUAUGGAUGACACUGCGAACGGUAGACACAGGACAUUCAGGUCUUUGGAGAUGGACUUUUAGCCUUGAGAUUGCCCAUGCUUCCUCACAGUUGUGCUUCUCAAGUCCUCAAACAGUUCUUUGAUGUUCUUUCUUUUCUCCAUGCUCAAUGUGGUACACACAAGGACAGAGGUUGAGUCAAAUUUAAGCUAUUUUAACUGGCUGCAAGUGUGAUUUUGUCAUUGCCACCAUCUGUGAUGUGCCACACGUAAGUAACAGGUGCUGUUGAUGACACAAAUUAGAGAAGCAUCACAUGAUUUUUCAAAGGGUGCCAAUACUUUUGUCCGGCCCAUUUUUGGAGUUUUGUGUAAAACGAUAAUGAUUUCAUUUCCCCCCCCCCCCCAUUCGCUUUUGUUUUUUUUUUUUUUAUUGCAAGCAAAAUCAAUAAAUAUAUUACUACCAAAUGAUUUGUAAUUGCAAUCCUUUUCUGGGAGAAAUUAAGCAUUGUCUGACAGAAUUGCAGUGGUGCCAAUACUUUUGGCCAGCAGUGUAUUUCAUCCACUUGCAGUUGCGAUGUAUAUUUUACAAACUAAGGAGAUGUAGUAUAUACUGUACUAUGUACGUGUUAACAGGUUUUUAUUUUCAUAGGUUACAUGCUAUUCAAAACGAAACAUGAUUACAAUUGUGAUGCUUGCUUUCUCAUCCACAAAAACUAUUGUCAAUUGUUACAAAGUAUUUCUUAUUUCUGAACAUUGCCUGUCUGUUUCCAACAGAUUUGGAAGAAAGCAUUUCCAUAAAUGGAAUGAUUGUAUUCUUAUUAUGAUUUUUUUUUUCGUUGAGCAGUUUUAUCUAGCGGGAAAAAAACGAAACAAUGACCACAUCUGUUGUCUUUGUAAUACAAUGGCCAUUACAAUACUAACCCUGCAAUGUUAUUUGUUUAAAAAAAUAUUUAGGUCAUGGUACCUGUUGAUGUUGAAUCUAGUACAAAACAUGUUUAUGAUGUCAUUUGAUAAUGCCGAACAGAUUUAUAUUUUUGUAAAUGAUUGUACACUGUGAGGAGUACGGCACUGAAAUAUCGUCACUUUGUAUGAUGAUUUUUACUUUUUUUUCGCCGCAUGCAAUUUUUCCUUGAAGUAUUUACCACAAACAUGUUGCCACACAUCAUUUGGGACCAUCAUGGUUUCAUUUUUUUUUUUUUUUUUCUAAAGAUGGGUGGGUAUUUUAAUUUAGUAUCAGAAUAGGCACUUUAUCAGGCAAUGAUGAUGUCAAACUUUUAACAUUAGUUUGUACUGUAUGGCUAAAGAAUGUUACAGUCCUAUUGAUGCUAUCUGUGAAUAAUGUUUCCAUUUUUAACUACUAAUGGAUGUUGUAAUACUUUAUAUUUUUUACGAAUAAGAAGCUGCUAUCACAGAUUUCUUCAAUUUAGCAUUACAGCAUUAACUGCGUUACCUAAAAAAACAAGUCCAUGAUAUAUGCUAAUAGUAUGAAUUUGUAUCUGGUGCUUGUAUCCGUAAUGAAUGAAAUGUUGUUAGUAGAGAAAUACAAAAAAAAAAAAGUCUAAAUAUGGUUUACAUACGUAUGCAGUAGGUCUUUGUAUAUGCGGUAUUGUGAUGCCUUAAUUGGAGAAAAUGUAUGUUUUCUGUGAAUAAAAACAAAGUAACUACUGAU